UCAGUGUUGUCAGGCAAAAUAUAGGAGAGCAGAAAGAGCAGAGAUCUGCAAUAGAUAAACACACAGACCAACAUUCACCAGCUGGUUUGCCUGCAGAUUCACACCGUCAACAUCGACAGACAGCCGCUGUAGAAUUGUGGGAUUGUUGUGCUCCUGUUUCUGCGCUUUCUUCUUUUAACAGGCUUAUUGCCAUCUAUCAUUUCAGUGGAAAACGGCCACCGAGAAGGAAAGAGAAAGAGAGAGAGGCAGGUGUGCCCUUUAAGAGGGGAAGCAGCUGAGGCAAGGACAGCAUCCGAGUCUCCAUCCUCUCUGGAGAGUUGAGUCAUUCUGCUGAGUGGAAGAAAGGCGAGCAGUCAAAGUUCUUCGGUUAUCUGUUCUCAGUCAUUUCACCUGGAGAUAGGCUGCGAUGUUUGGCAAAAACCAAAGGCCCAAACCUGUCUGAAAGAGCCCUGUGAACAGCAGACCCAAUGGACAUCAAAGGCCAGUGUUGGACAGACGAGGAGUCAGAUGGGGAAAACGAAUCUGAGCAGUUCCUUUAUGGCAUUCAGUGCUGCUUGUUGCAGGGGAGCUGUGCUGCUGACCUCUACCGCCACCCUCAACUAGAUGCAGACAUUGAGGCUGUGAAAGACAUCUACACUGACAGUGCUGUCUCUGUCAGGGAGUAUGGAACCAUUGAUGACGUGGACAUCGAUCUUCACAUUAACAUCGGUUUCUUAGACGAGGAGGUUGCGACAGCUUGGAAAGUUAUCAGAACAGAGCCCAUUAUUUUGAGACUGCGCUUUUCUCUUUCUCAGUACCUCGAUGGACCUGAGCCGUCGGUUGAAGUGUUCCAGCCUUCAAAUAAAGAAGGAUUCAGCCUGGGCCUGCAACUAAAAAAGAUCCUGAGCACAUUCACCUCACAGCAGUGGAAGCACCUCAGUAAUGAGUUCCUCAAAGCCCAGCAGGAGAAAAGGCACAGCUGGUUCAAAGCUGGAGGAACCAUCAAGAAGUUCCGUGCUGGGCUUAGCAUCUUCUCCCCAAUUCCCAAGUCCCCUAGUUUUCCUCUGAUACAAGACACAGUUUUAAAAGGGAAGCUGAGUGUCCCCGAACUGAGAGUGACCCGCCUGAUGAACCGAUCAAUCUCAUGUACCAUGAAGAACCCUAAAGGGGAGCUCUUCAACUAUCCACCAAAUAGCCAGACUGUGGCUGUCCCAGCGGCCAGGGCCCCAGCGCAGAUUACCACGAGGCAGCUGAUUGAAUUGUUUUUCUCAUCCCAGGCGGGCGGCCACUGCAAGAACAUCCCUACCUUGGAGUAUGGCUUCUUAGUGCAGAUAAUGAAGUACUCAGAGCAGAGGAUCCCCACGCUAAAUGAGUACUGUGUGGUCUGUGAUGAACAGCAUGUAUUUCAGAAUGGAUCCAUGUUGAAGCCUGCUGUGUGCACCAGGGAGCUGUGUGUGUUCUCCUUUUAUACUCUGGGUGUGAUGUCUGGAGCUGCAGAGGAAGUGGCAACUGGAGCAGAGGUGGUGGACCUACUUGUUGCUAUGUGUCGAGCUGCUCUUGAGUCUCCCCGUAAGAGCAUAAUCUUUGAGCCCUACCCAUCAGUUGUUGAUCCAAAUGACCCCAAGACUCUUGCAUUCAACCCAAAGAAGAAGAAUUAUGAAAGACUGCAGAAAGCGUUGGACAGUGUCAUGUCUAUCCGUGAAAUGACCCAGGGUUCAUAUUUGGAGAUUAAAAAACAGAUGGAUAAACUGGACCCUUUGGCCCAUCCCUUGCUACAAUGGAUAAUUUCCAGUAACAGAUCUCAUAUCGUCAAGCUGCCACUCAGUAGGCAACUGAAAUUCAUGCACACCUCCCACCAAUUCCUGCUGCUUAGCAGCCCUCCAGCCAAGGAAGCUCGUUUUCGCACUGCCAAGAAGCUCUACGGCAGCACCUUUGCCUUCCAUGGUUCCCAUAUAGAAAACUGGCACUCUGUUCUGAGAAAUGGACUAGUCAAUGCUUCUUAUACUAAACUGCAGCUGCAUGGGGCAGCGUAUGGAAAGGGCAUCUAUCUGAGCCCCAUCUCCAGCAUAUCUUUUGGAUAUUCAGGAAUGGGGAAAGGACAGCAUCGUAUGCCCACCAAAGAUGAACUGGUGCAGCGUUACAACCGUAUGAACACCAUACCCCAGAGCCGUCCAAUACAAUCAAGGUUUCUUCAAAGUCGAAACUUGAAUUGCAUCGCUCUUUGUGAAGUUAUAACAUCCAAGGAUCUGCAGAAACAUGGUAACAUAUGGGUGUGUCCUGUAUCCGACCACGUCUGUACUCGCUUCUUUUUUGUGUAUGAGGAUGGCCAAGUAGGUGAUGCCAACAUCAACACCCAAGAGCCUAAGGUGCAGAAGGAGAUAAUGCGUGUGAUUGGGACCCAGAUCUACUCCAGCUAAUGGAAAUUAGGCAGUGAAUCCAUUCACCUCUCUGCUGGAGGCCACAGACGAACAGACAGUUGAAGGGAUUGUUGGGUGAGCUGUCCUCAGGCCUGACACUGACGGAUGAGGGGGCUUAUGAGCACAUCACUUUCAAUAGUUUUGUUCUGGUCUUCUUGUUUCUCUCAUGCUCCUCUCCUCUGAAUUGUUACACAGUACAUGUUCAGUUGAGCCUCCAUUAGUCUAAACCUGGUUAAAGUUUGUUUUUCUCAGUUUAUGGUAUUUACAUCAUUCAUUUAAAUACUCCUGAUGGGGAAAAAAAGGAAGGUGUCAUAAGAACUGUUACCCACUGUCAUACACACUCUUUUCUUGACUUUUUGCCAUAUGUUCCCUCUUUUUGACUCCUUGAAAUAAUGAUCUCCUUUUUGCAUUUCUCUUUGUGAAUAUAUAGUAUAACAAAUAAUCUUUUCGAAUGAUAAUCGAUCUGGAAGGGAUCUUUGUGGCAAAUAAGUGGAGAAUUUACAUCCACAUAGAAAUUUGUUAUCUUACAGCGUUUGCAACGUUAUCAUUAGUUUAUUUAAUAUCCUCUGACUAAUGACAUAAAUUAAGGUCUGUGACAUGGUUACCGCAUGGGUGAGCAUUACUCUGUGAUUUUGUCUUUGUCUGCCGAUUCUCCCGGACUCCAAAACAGUGUGGCUGGAACUCAACUUAUGCACACAAAAAGCACUUUGUUUUCUAUUGAUGGUUCAAUUUUAAAACCCUGAAAAGUUUUUUUUUCUUUUAAAGAUAAAAGUCCUUACCUAAUGUGAUAAAUGUGUAACUUUGCAAGUUUCAUGAAAACAAAUGUCUACAUAGAACAAGAUCCUUAAAUAUUCAUCUUGUGAAUAUUUUUUUUCCUUAGCUUUUUAUGAAAUGAAGGUGUGUAAUGUUGCAGGGCUGGUAUCACAAUGCUACUUAUUCUGAAAUCUGAAGUUUUUGGAUGGUUUUGGAGCAUUCACUCCACUUUUAUGAUAAAAUACAAGAUCAUUUGUUGUUUUAAUCAACUCCAGCUCUUUCAGAUUUUGCCUUUGCACUUUGGGGUUUGUAGCUUUUGAAUGCCAAGAUGUCAAGAGGGUUUUAUGAUGGAAGAUAUGUUUGGCUAAUACUUGUCAAGCUACGUGAAUAUAUGACUCUUCUCUCUUUACCAAAACAAAUAAACAACAAAAGUUAGAUCUGUGAUCAUGUUACUAACAUAAUCUGCCAUCCAUUUUUUAAGUGCUCAUCACAAUAUAGCAAUCCAGUGCUGGCUUUUAAAACAAAUCUUCAUGAGUAUGAACUAUACUGACAAGUGGAUUCACAAACAAACCCCAAUGUACAGGAAGUUGUGAACAAUUUUCCCAAACUAUUUACAGACAGACAGUAUUGAGUCCCGCUGAACUCACAUCCCCUUUCACCCUUUGCUUAAUGGACUCUGUGUCAUUGAGGUGCAUUAAUAUGCAACUCUCUGGUUUCACCGUUGAGACUGGCGACCUUGUAUAGCUAAUCAAGUUUAUCAGUUAGUCAUGUACUGUAUGUAUGUAUGUUUGUAUGUGUGGCUUUGUAUUUCCUUGACAUUAUACUAGACAUUGCACUUAUUCAGCGUUUGCCUAAACUGGAGCGAUUGACUGUCCUUGGACCUGCAGUAGACGAGCAAUGGAAGAAAAGAGACUAAAAGAUACUUAUUUAUGGAGUCAGAAAGACCAUAAUAUCCAGCAUCUUAACUAUGUCUGUACUAAGGUAGACUUUCAGUCUCCUGGAACCUGAACUGUGACUACAGUGAGACACUGAAAAGAAAGAAAAUUGUAAAUAAGAACUCUGGAGACCUUGUUGAAAUGUAAUGCCCAGAUGGAGACGCACAUGUGCAGCUGACUCAGUGCCCUGCCAGACUCUGCUCAUAACUGAUGCCUGUUUCUUUCCAGAACUCCGAGUCUGUUGCUGGUGAGUGAUGUUUUCAGAGAUGAUGUUGACGAAGAUGAUGGUGAUUAUGUUGAUGAUAAUGACUGAAAAUGGCAAUGCAGGACAGAAAGAAUAAAGCCUGAUUUUGCACAGUUU